CAGCACGAAUGUUUGAGGAUAUUUCUCGCCGGUGGCCUUCAUGAGUUUGCUGAUUCUCAAUUUGGUCACAUUUUCGCUUAUGGGGAGCAUCAACCUUUUAGAACCACAGUGGAAUAUUUAGUCAAAUUGCUUGAAACCCAAGCUUUCAAAGAAAAUAGUUUUACAACGGGAUUGUUGGACAUGUUAAUAUCUGAUGAAAAUCAAACAGCCGAAAAGCCUGAUAAAAUGUUGGCUAUCACUUCAGAUACUCUCCCGCUUUACUUGAAUGGAUCAAGGAUUCAGGCUUCUGUUCGUGCUCUUACCGAUGAUGGUUCACUCUCUCCUGGAAAGCUUGUGAGAUUUUUGGUGGAGUCUGGCGAUCAUUUAAAAAAAGGUGACGCUUACGCUGAAAUUGAAGUGAUGAAAAUGUACAUGCCACUUAUCGCAAUAGAAGAUGUUCGUCACGCGUUACCUUUUGAGGAACAACUUCCUGCAAUGAAUCCGCCCGUUUUAGUCGGUGACAAAGCUCAUCAGAGAUAUUGUAAGGUCAAGAAUAUCCUUGAAUCAGCUUUAUUGAGAAUUUCUAAUGAGACGCAUAGUCAAGGAUUAGAAGAUCCUGCUAAACGAUCAAAAGAAAUGAUUGAUAAUUAUUCUCUCGAUUUUGUCAAACCUUCAGACCUUUCAAUUUUAUUCUCGAAUUCGAACAAACGUGAAGAAGAAGCUGUCCAUGAUUUACGGGACGGAUACAAGAAUGAUCUGGACAAGGUCGUCUCUAUUUUUUUGUCACAUUCCAAAUUUGAGGCAAAGAAUAAUCUGAUAUUACAUCUUUUAGAUCAGAUUAGGCCCGCAAAUGUUGGACAAGCCCUUGACAAAUUCUAUUCACCGAUUUUGGAAAAAUUGGCGGAACUUGGAGGACGUUUGAAAAAGGCUGCUGUUAUAGAGAGUCAUUAUGGAGAUGAUGAUAGUUGGGUAAACGUUGAAUACCACACUGAUCAAUCCCCAUUUAUGGUCUCUUGGAACUUCUCACUUCAUAGUGCUACGACUGAUAGUCCAACAGGUUCGGUCGAAAGCCCUC